GAAAGGGGCCAAGCACGGGUCGCAGCAGGGGGCAGCUCCCGUGUCAGGCUCCCGGCUGCGACCCGUGCUCGUAAGUGGAAAAGGGGUAUUAUUGACACCUUAACCUCUCACUGGUGUGAUGCCUUAGAUCGGUUGUGCCAACCUGGGGGGUUCCAUGCCCUGGAUUUGAACCUUAGUGUCAGGGACAGUGCCGGCGCUAGCCGCUCAGCAAAGCCUGCAAAGCAGGGAGGCGCUGCACUCAUGAGGCGCUCUCCCUGCUCUGCUACUACCCCUUGCCUGCACCUGUCAUACUGACAGGCAGCAGCGGCGCCGGCAUAUACAGAAGCUCUUUAUUGUUCUGUCUUAUCAUGGACCUCCCCUCUUCCUCUCGUCAGGCUCCUCCCCGCACCUUCUGCAAAGCUGAGUAACAGGCAGGCAGCAGUGUAGCCCCCACCCCCUUCCCUCCCCUUGUCAGUAUAGACACAGCAGUGCCCGCCCCCUCCCUUAUCCCCCUUCUCUCGCCUCCCAUCAAUGUAAUGUUUGUGUCCCGGGCACUUUAUUUUUGUGUCACGGGCACUUUUAAUAUGCUGGCUCCUGCUUCCUGACAUUAGGCAGGAACAGGAAGUCAUGUGACUGCACGACUGGAGGAGCCUUCAGACGUGAGAGGAGCAGCCCAGCCCAUCUAGCAGCCUGCCAUGCCAUACAGAGAAGCAGAAACUCAGCCCCUGACAAUGGCCUCUGUGAAGGCAUCAACAGCCUCCGAUAAUUUCCAGGAGUUUUCCAGCUUCUUUGAGAAGGUAGUGCUGGACCUGACAGCGGAGGAAUGUGGACACCCAGAGAUUGGGGUUGCCAUCUCACGCUUGCGAGAGGUCCUGGAGUACAAUGCCCCUGGAGGAAAGUAUAUUCGAGGUAUCACUGUAUUGGCCUCUGUCCGGGAGCUGUUGCCACUGACCCUGCAGGAUGAGGAGACCAUAGAGAGGGCCCUGGUGGUGGGCUGGUGUGUGGAGCUGCUGUCGCUCUUCUUCCUAGUGUAUGAUGACAUUAUGGAUAAGUCUGAGACCCGUCGUGGGAAGACUUGCUGGUACAAGAAGGAGGGCAUUGGACUUGACGCUAUCAAUGACUCGUUCCUGCUUGAAUCAUGUGUAUAUCGGCUCCUGAGGAAACACUGCCGAGGACAGCCCUAUUACCUGAACCUGCUGGAACUGUUUCUGGAGAUCUCCUACCAGACUGAGCUGGGGCAGACACUAGAUCUAAUCUUCUCUCAGCUAGGGAAGGUGGAUCUAGCCCAGUACACAGAGACCAGGUAUAAAUCCAUUGCAAAAUACAAGACAACUUUCUUUUGCUUCCACCUGCCCAUCGCUGCUGCCAUGUUUAUGGCUGGAAUAGACCAGGAGGAAGAUCACAGAAAUGCCAAAACAAUCCUGCUGGAAAUGGGGGAGGUAUACCAGGUGCAGAAUGACUACCUGGACUGUUACGGAGACCCCAGCAUAACAGGGAAGAUCGGAACUGACAUCCAGGAAAAGAAGUGUACGUGGCUGGUGUUAGAGGCACUAAAGAGGGUGACCCCUGAGCAAAGGAAAAUCCUAGAGGAGAACUAUGGCCAUGAUGAUGUGGACAAGGUGCAGAAGGUAAAGCAGCUGUAUGAGGAUCUAGGUCUGCCUGCUUUGUACAGACAAUAUGAGGAGGAGAGUUACCAGAGACUGCAGAUUCUCAUCUCCCAGCAUGCAAAUGGGCUGCCAAAGGAGAUCUUCCUGGGCCUGGCACGCAAGAUUUACAAGAGACAGAAAUAAGUGUUUGCUAACUGGAUAUGUGGGGCUGACGUUGAUUCCCGGCACAUAGGAUGUAGCUCCGUGUUCUGAUCCUUCUCCCUUGCUGUACAAAUUCAAGUACAGGAACAGAGCCUGCCCUCUCUCCAUACAUACAAUGUUACCAGGGCUCCCCCUACUGCCUAGUAGUAGGAUUAGAUGUUCUCAGUGCCACCUACAGAUUGUCUUUUAUUACCUUAUUACUCUGCCCUAAUUGGUGAUAAUAUGAUGGUACCCCUUACAUGCUGUCUGAGAAUCUCUGCACCUGGGAGCCUCUAGUCCCUCAUUCUGGGGGCAUUAAUGAGAUAGAAUAAAAUAAUUGUAUUUAAAAUUAAAUGCAGGCUGAGUAUUCAUGUACUUUAUAGUAUAUGAAUGAUCACCUGUUAUUUGUUUGA